AUGUCGGCGGAAAAUACAUGUCUUACGAAUGCUGACAAGGUCGGGCCUAGUCGUUUCGUUGCUCGUCGGGAAUCGGUCGACCACAGCUCUGAGCUUCGUCCCGCGGGCCUCGUGCAACCUGACAAGUUACAGCAGCAGCGACGCGAGUCAACCGGCACGGCGGAACAGGACAAUGAACGAACGAACUGCAACGUGGCUAAUAACAAGGCGAAAAAUAAGACAAAUAAAACUAUCAAGCGUAAAAGAGCCUUCAAUAGACUUUCAUUCGAUUUUGAGGAGCAGGGGCCUCAUGACGAGAAACCUAUGAUAAAGCGGGCAAUGCACGAAAAGCCACUGAAAAACCCUCAUGUAGAUACAUCUUUCUUACCCGACAGAGAGCGGGAAGCAAGUGAACAUCAAAUGCGAGAGAAAAUCAAAAACGUUUGGCAUGCUGAACAAGACAAGAUCAAAGCAGAGGAAAUUGAAGUUGUCUAUUCCUAUUGGGACGGUCGUGGUCACAGGCGCCAUGUGACGUGCCAGAAAGGUACAACGAUUUUUUCGUUUCUGGAGUUGUGCAGGAAACAAGUUCCAGAGCUACGCAGCGUUACUUCCGAGCGUCUCAUGUAUAUCAAGGAGGAUAUUAUCAUUCCACACCAUUACACAUUUUAUGACCUUUUGGUGACAAGAGCUCGCGGAAAAUCAGGUCCUCUAUUUCAUUUCGAUGUGCAUGAAGAUGUGCGCCUCCGCAAUGAUGCAUCUCGCGAGAAGGAUGAGUCGCACGCGGGCAAAGUCGUCAAACGCGAUUGGUACGAAAAACAUCGUGACAUAUUUCCUGCUAAUCGCUGGGAGGUGUAUGACCCAACCAAAGAAUAUGGUUCCUAUGGCAUCAAAGAUGUAUGA